ACGGUUUACGCAGUUUCAACAAAUCUCAGUUCUUCAUAAGGCAAGAGUAAACAGUUUCUUCAGCAUUCAGGUGGCAUCGAGCGCCGUUGUGUUGCGAAACAACCCGGUUCUCAGGUCGAGCCAGACUUGGCGUUGUGGCGUGGAAUUACGAAUGACACUCAACCCUGAAGUAGAAGGGGGAAUUAGGUCUUUCCGAUCAACAUCUUUUGAAUACAUAAACGGCACGAUACUAUUUUCCACCCCUUGGAUAUUUGUCUGUUCAUGUUGUAUAUGCUCAAAUUGUCGCCAUAUCUAUCUCCGUCUCCCCUUGAAAGUAAAGCGGCUAAUACACAUCUAGAGCAGAUAAGGCGGCAGCAACGUUGAAGUUAUAGUUAUCCCUUGUCCUUGUCAUCUCUCCUGGCGUUCAUCACUGUCUCAUGUAGGCCAAAGGAUCAUCGACCACCGUGACCUUUCAACAAUUACCAACCAUAGCGAGUGUCGUCAUUCUAUCAAACACUUACCCACCGCCUGAUCCGGCACCCAGCCGCACUAUACUCGGACUGUUGCCCACACGAAGCAUCGCCCUAUUGCUCCUUGCGGUUCUCCAUCCUCCAGGGCUCAUUAGCGAAGCGCCUGCUCCCACGAAUCUUGUGACCAUGGUAUAUCUUGGAAAGCCCUCCAAUGGUUGUCAAGUGUGUCGCACACGAAGAAUCAAGUGCGAUGAAACCAAACCAACAUGUAAUCAGUGUCUCAGGGCAAGGAAACAAUGUCCCGGGUACAAGGAUGACUUCGACCUAGUCUUCCGGAAUGUUACCAAAGCUACAGAACGAAGGGUCCAGAGAGCCAACAAGAAGGGAAAGCAAAAGAUAUCAGCAGGGAGUGAUGGCUCCAGCUCAGGAUCAGGCGCUCCAAGGUCAUAUUCAAGUCCAGGAGCAUCAUCGUCAUCAUCUAGCGUCGACGGGAAGCGGCACUUUUCUCUCACAUCUACGGCGCGGAAGGCAGUCAGGUCACCUUUCGAGCUUGCGGUCAUACCGGCCAUUCAAAUCCCCACCGAGACACAGGCAUCAUGUCACUUUGUAUCCAACUUUGUGCUCAUUCCCCGCCAGGGAACGACGAGAGGGUUCAUGGACUAUCUGAUCCCACUCAUGAAGACUGAGACGAUGUCAUCGGCACCCCAUCUCCAGUUUGCUUUUAAUGCUUGUGCACUGGCUUCGCUGGGAAACAGAGUCAAGAGCGACGGGAUCGACUUUGUUGCGAGCGCACAUGGAGAGUAUGCGAAGGCUUUGAGAGCCACUCAGGCCGCAUUGGUGGAUCGGGUCAAGUGCACGUCUGAUUCGGUAUUGGCGACGGUGUUACUUUUGGGUAUGUACGAGAACAUUACGGCAAAGAAAAUGGGCGAGUUUGCGUGGGGUUCUCAUAUUGAAGGGGCCAUUCAACUUGUCAAGGCCCGGGGAAAGAAACAGCUCGCGACUCAGACCGGACUACAGCUGUUCAUCGCCGUGCGAACACAGCAGAUCAUCCACGCUUUGACUUCCGGUUGCCCCCCGAUAAUGGGCGUCGACUGGUGGCUUCCUGACAAUGCAGUCAACGAUUCCUAUGCCGCCCACUGCUGCCGUCUUAACCUCCAAACCAGUGAGCUCCGCGCCGAAGUAACUCGCUUGAUGACGCACGGGAUUGCCGCGAGCGCCGCCGGUACCUCCCCUUCCUCUCCCUCCUCUCCUCGCUCAUCCUCAGCACAAUCCUCACCUUCUUCCACCUACGAACAACGAACCGCCCAAAUACUCUCCUUAAUGCGGCGCUCCCAAGACCUCGACCGCGCCGUCGUCGACUGGAUGGCCUGCCUUCCGCCGCACUGGCACUACCGCACCCUGUGCUGGCAAAACUACGUUGCCAACACCGACUAUGCCCACGCCGAGGUAUUCCCGGGCCGCGUGGACGUGUACAAUGACGUCUGGAUCGCCUCGGUAUGGAAUAUGGCGCGCGUCACGCGGCUGAUUCUCGCUAGCAUCACGGUUCGCUGCGCAGCAUGGGCGUGUAGUCCCGUUGACUACCGGACCACCCCCGAGUACGCGCAUAGUGCCAGGGUGUGUGCUGAGGUUAUUGGCGAUGUGCUAGCGAGCGUGCCGUAUCAUUUAGGAUGGCAUUAUCGGACGAAGAAGAGGAGGCAGCAGGGUCAGGGGCAAGGUCAGGAUCGUAGUAAUCGGAAUCGAAAUUGGAAUGAUGAUGAUGAGGAGGAGGAGGAGGAGGAGGAGGAGGAGGAUGAGGGGGAGGAGAAUGGCGAAGACGAUGAACAAAAAGAGGAACAGUUGUCUGGAUUUGGAUGUGGUGAGGACGAUGAUGGGAUAAAAGGACUGUCUGGGUACUUUUUAACGUGGCCGUUGGCAUGUGUCAUGGGGCAGGAUUAUUUGACGGAGGAUCAGAGGACGUGGGUGAGGGGGAGACUGAGGUACAUCGGUCAGGAGCUGGGGAUCCGGUAUGCGAAUAUUCUGGCGCAGCUACAAGUACGCAUCCCGUCAAUGCUCAUCCGCCGCGACGGUCUUAUGGCACAACCAUACCCCAAUGUCCAAGAUUUUCAAUCUCUUAUCUCCUUGGCGAGGAAUUCACCACCGAUCCAGCCGGGAUACUCGCUCAACCCGAUACAGGAAAGAGAGAGGAUGCAAAUGGAGUUUAUGGAAUUGAAGAAGAAAGAACUGCUGGCAAAAGCGACUGGUGUAGCAGGAAAGGAGGGACGAUACGAUGAGACCACGAAUAAGUCUGAGCGAAUGGGGAACAAUGACGCCAACAGCGAGGAGAGACGGGAAGAGGAGGAGAAGGUCAUGGUUGUUGCAAGAAAGUGGCUUACUGUUUGAAUGAGAGGACUUGGACGGAUUUUCCCGGGAAUUUGGGGCCUGUGAUGUGGAGGCGAUGGUUUUACAUGCGCCCCGGGAAAGUCCACGGAUAUAGAUCCAAUAUAAUGGAAUAACCACAAAGCCCUACCACAUACAUAAGGAAAUAAUAUAGCCAGUUAUCUUGCAUAUCUCUGAUAUCGAAGACUGGACUUCUUGCGAG